AUGUGGGUGCCAGGGAAGACCUCCUCGUUGUGUUGCAAACACUUUGCUCAAGACGACUUUCAAAGGCCAUUGAACACAGAAGUGAACUUAAAGCGAGAUUUUAAAAAAGAUGAAAUUGGGGUUUGUGUUUUCCCAUCAAUGCACCCUAAACGAAAAGAAGAUGACGAGCUGCCAUCUACAAAGAGAAGGGAAGCACAAAUGGUAAGAAAGUAUUCUCACACCUGCUCGAGACAUUUCAUGUGAUUUUUCUUUCUGUGAUUCACAAUUGGUCCCCGUACCAUCAAAGUUAAAGAAAUCGCAAAUUGUUUUGCUGUUUUUCACAGAUUGCUAGAUCUGCGAAGGCUCGCCUCAAUACACUGCAAGAGCCAGAAGUGACCAGCAUUGUUUAUCCUUCCAAAGCAUUCAGGCGGUAAGAAUUUCAAUUGCAGGGUAUAUUUGGGUGUGCUUGUGUAAGCUUCUGCGUUGUGUACUAUUGAAUAUUUGCAGGCACAAACCGUACAAGCUGGAAACUCACAAGAUAUCCAGAUCAACCCGUCUACAAGCAGUCAAUUGGAGGAGGUAAGAUGCUGUGUAAUCUUUUAUAGUUUGAGUGCAAUGGAUGGUCGUGACUAAAGCCUUGUCAAUUGAUAGCUUGUUGUUGAUAUUCCUUAUUAAGACAUUACUAGAAGUAAUAGUACGACUGAAAUCCAAAGCAACGCUUACCAAAGAAAAUACUGUGAUCAAAGUUUCAUAUCCUUUGGUAAACACUGUUGUGAAUGAUGCAAGAUUAGUAUAGCAGCAAAAAAGAUGAGUGAUUGACGUCUGAUGUGAAACUUCCAAAAACUAUUAUCAUUGGUUUUCACAGGCCCAACAUGAAGACAUGCACUGGUGGCUUUCAAGAGCAAUCUGGAUUGGAACCUGAAGCUACAUGUAGCACCAACAUGGUACAUACCUUACUGCAAACAAAUAUUCAUUUGCAGUCAUCUAACUUUCCAUUUCAUUAUGCUACCAGAUCAUCAUUAGUGAAAAGUGAUGGAGGUGGCCAAGAUGCAGAAGAGAGUGAACCUUUUACAGAAGUGGUAUGUAUCCUGUUUUGUAAUAAUGAUGAUUAGAUGUUGAUGAUGAUGAUAAUGAUAAUAAUAAUAAUGAUAAUAAUAAUAAUAAUAAUAAUAAUAAGUGUUCAUUUCUUAUAAUUUUAAUUUUACAGGAUGAUAUUCUUGGUAUUUAUUUUAAAAGAUAAACCAUAGUUUUUUAAUUUAUAAUACAGGAUAAAUCAACACAGACACUGGCAGAUCAGAGAUGUAGUAUCCUCAGUUAUGAAAUGGAACUUCUAAAAGUCCAGCUUAGUUCAGUGCGAGAGUCAAAGUUUGGUCACGCGACCAGCUAUGAACUUACUUAUUUUAAGAAAAUGGUGCAGGUUUGA